AUGAUGCUCAACUCAGACCCCAUGGAGCUGGACCUGCCUCCCACCCACUCGGAGACCGAGUCGGGCUUCAGCGACUGUGGGGGAGGGGCGGGGCCCGAUGGUGCUGGGCCCGGGGAGCCUGGAGGGGGCCAAGCCCGGGGCCCGGAGCCCGGAGAGCCGGGCCGCAAAGACCUGCAGCACCUGAGCCGCGAGGAGCGCCGGCGCCGGCGCCGAGCCACAGCCAAGUACCGCACGGCCCACGCCACGCGGGAGCGCAUCCGCGUGGAAGCCUUCAACCUGGCCUUCGCCGAGCUGCGCAAGCUGCUGCCCACGCUGCCCCCCGACAAGAAGCUCUCCAAGAUUGAGAUCCUGCGCCUCGCCAUCUGUUACAUCUCCUACCUGAACCACGUGCUGGACGUCUGA